GAUUUUUCAAGUGGUUGGCUUUUCAACUUCAAAGUCCACCACUUGUUCUGUUCCAAGUCUUCCUACUUCAAUAAUUUACAUGGUCACUCAGAUACAACUCCAUGGCCUAAACACUUGCAAAAUUCAGCAACUCCAUCAAAUUUUCAUGGAAAAUCUUCGUAUCCGUAAAACCCCUUUCCCUCUAUUUUCUGUGAUUGUUUUUCUCCUCCAUCUCUCAUCCCUUCACUUUCCCUCGUUGGCUUAUGAGCCCCCUGAUAAGUACUUCAUCAACUGUGGGUCAAAUGCUAAUGCCACCCUCAAUAACCAUGUCUUCACUGCAGAUCGUUUCUUCCCGAAGGCGAGCAGGAGUAUCAACGGCGGCAACCAGUCGAAUCUUUACCUUACAGCAAGAAUUUUCAGGCAAGAAUCCUACUAUAGGUUCGACAUCACUGAAAAGGGUACUUAUUUUGUACGUCUGCAUUUCUUGGCUUUCGCCUCUUCCUCAAGUAAUCUCUCCGCUGCUCUUUUUGAUGUUUCGGCUUUUCCUAAUAUUUCGAAUCCCGGAUUCAUGCUGUUGAAGAAUUUCACUGCUAAGAAUAGUAAUAGCAAUUCUACGAUAAAGGAGUUCUUUCUGGGCAUUGUUCCUGGCUCAUUUAGGAUAUACUUUACGCCUCGUGGAUCCUCUUUUGCAUUUGUAAAUGCCAUUGAAGUCUUCCGUGCCCCCGCAAAUUUCAGCCCUAAGAAUUACACAAGUAGUUCCCCUUUAGUUCUACGUACAAUUUACAGGGUGAAUGUUGGAGGUCAAGAACUCCGACCAGAUAAGGACAAACUAUGGCGAAACUGGGAUCCUGAUGAUCUUUAUCUGAAGAAUUCAAACUCGGCAGAGGAAGCCGUAUCUUCACAGAUGCCUGACUACAAGGAUUAUGAAAAGGAUGAUUUUGUUGCUGCUGCUAAUGAUUCUAUUGCCCCAGUUUCAGUUUACGACACUGCCAAGGUAAUGGACAAUAGUAGUACCAGCCCGUCCACUUUGUUCAACAUAACCUGGUCGUUUAAUGUGCGCAGGAACGCUAAACAUCUCGUCCGGGCACACUUUUGUGACCUUGUUGGCCAAACUGCUGACAUUGUUUUUAACUUGUAUUCAAAUGGAAACUUCACUAAGAGGGUCGGUGGACCCAAUUCCAUGUAUGGCAACCUAUUGCCUUACUACUAUGAUUUUGUGGUGGAGUCUAAGGAGUCUGAACUCAUUAACAUCAGCAUAGGUCCUAACGCAGAACAAACUAACACUAACAACUCCUUUCUAAAUGGACUGGAAAUGUUGGAAAUAACGGAGGAAUCAGCACCAAUUCCAAAUAUGAAAGAGCCCAAGAGCAUAAAUGUCACUGUUGUGGUUGGUUCGGUUCUUGGAGGUCUGACCCUUAUCUGCAUUUUGGUUGUCGGGUUCUUGUUCGGUUUGAAAUACAGAAAGGCAAAGCAUGUUGAAACUUCGGAAUGGUCACCAAUGCCUGCAUUUGGAGGAGGGAGUACCCACAGCAGGUUCACCGAGGGAACGAUUACUGGCUCCCCUAUGACUUAUCUAAAUCUUGGGUUGAAGAUAUCUUUUGUUCAACUUCAGCAAGCAACAAACAACUUCGACACAAAAUUUCUGAUAGGCGAGGGUGGCUUUGGGAACGUCUAUAGAGGAACUCUAUCAGAUGGCAGAAUUGUAGCUGUCAAGCGAGGUAAGCAACAUGAACAUAGUUCAGGUCAAGGGCUUCCAGAGUUUGAAACAGAGAUAAUGGUUUUGUCCAGGAUUCGUCAUCGCCAUCUUGUCUCCUUAAUUGGGUACUGUGAUGAAAGGUCUGAGAUGAUAUUGGUCUACGAGUUCAUGGAAAAAGGGACCUUGAGAGAACAUUUAUAUGAAUCAAAUUUGCCUCGCUUGCCAUGGAAGCAAAGACUUGAAAUAUGCAUUGGUGCAGCAAGGGGUCUUCAUUACCUCCACAAAGGUGCAGCCGGAGGCAUCAUUCACCGCGAUGUUAAGUCCACCAACAUCUUGUUGGAUGCAAAAUGUGUUGCCAAAGUUGCUGAUUUUGGCCUUUCAAGAUCUGGUCCGCUUGACGAAACCCAUGUCAGCACAAAUGUCAAGGGCACUUUUGGUUACCUAGAUCCUGAGUACAUAAUGACUCAACAGUUGACAGAAAAAUCGGAUGUUUACUCCUUCGGCGUUGUUCUCCUUGAGGUGUUAUGUGCAAGACCUGCUCUGGAUAGGAAUCUACCAAGAGAGCAAAUAAAUUUAGCGGAAUGGGGAAUGAAUUGCAAGAAGAAUGGAUUGCUUGAACAGAUUGUUGAUUCUUCACUCAAGGGUCAGAUUGAUCCUGGCUCGCUAAGAAAAUUUAGCGAGACAGCAGAGAAAUGCUUGCAAGAAGAUGCUUAUGAUAGGCCUACAAUGGGUGAUGUACUGUGGGACUUGGAGUAUGCGUUACAGCUCCAACAAACCCCAAAACAUAGAGAGCUCUACGAGGACAGCACGAUCAAUGCUUCAUCAGAAUUUGUAUUGCCAAAUAUUCAACGUUUUCCUUCCCAUGGCUCUACAGUUAACCAAGAUGAUAUGACCUUUUCCGGGGUGGAUGAAUCGGACACGGCAGCAAUGCAGUAUUCUCACAACUGAAGAUUGGUGUGCAGUUUGUGAGGGCAGGAAGUCACACCGGAUACUCACAGAAUAUGGAGAAACUGGGACAAUGUGUCUAGCAUACCUACCGAUGUCAAAGAAGUGAACCCGGACAAGGUGUCUAGCAUUCCCACUGACAUUAAAAGACCAAGUUAACCUGAUGAGUCUGAACUCAUUAACGUCAGUGUAUGUGCUACGACAGAGUCUAUAAUAGAACAGCCUAUCAAAAUGGACUGAAAAUGUUGGAAAUAAUGGAGGGAAUAUCAAAUGUCAAAGAGUACAGAUGUUGCUGGUGUGGUUGGAAAUAAUGGAGGGUUCAAUUGUGGUUGGUUUAGUGAGACGGUUGAGAAAUGUCUGCGAAAGAUGCUCACAAUAGGCCUAGGCCUACAAUGGGGAAUAUGCCGUGGGACUUGGAUUAUACAUCUAAAGAUCCAGCAAAACAGGAAAGCAUAGAGAAGAACGUAAUUUUGAGGACAGCAAAGCCAAUGCUUCACCAACGGCAUACAUGUUGCUAAACGUUGAGCGUUUUCCUUCAGUUAAUUCUGCGGUUAAAACAGAUGAUAUUGUUCUAUGAGGGGACGAUGAAUCGAGGGACACAACAGCAAUCCAAAUUUUAUCCCAAUUGAAAUUUGGGGAUGCCAGAUAACUUACAAGUUUUCUUGUUCUGUGAGGUAACGAUAUUGACCUUGUUUAAGUUUCUUGCCAGUAAAUUAAGCUAAUAUCGGUGUGGCUCUGUUAGUUUGGAUCUUACCUUUCACUGUAUUAUUAGCUGUGCCCUUUUUUCAUCUAUAAGUUUCGAUUGACAGAAAAGUUAUCCGCCAGAACACAAUUGCAUUUCA